AUGGCGCGCCCUGCGAACCACCCCAAGAUGACGGCGGCCAACUACCAGGACUGCCGAAAAGGGGAGCUGAUGCUGAGCGUCCAGGAAGCCGAGGCCACUUUGAAAGCCUUGCGGGACCUGGGCUUCACGGUGAAAUGGGCACUCCAGGAGGCCCCGGCCGCCUGCGUUUCGAGGGAGGCGGCUAAGUCGAAAAGCGAAAGGCAGAAGGCCGAAGAUGCCAAAGAUGCCAAAGAAGCCAGAAAAGCGGCGAAAGGAAAAGCCAAGGCGAAGGAGACCAUUGCCAGCAAAGCAGAGGCGAAGGAGACGAUUGCCGACAAAGCAAAGGCCGAAGAUGCAAAAGAUGCCAAAGAAGCCAGAAAAGCGGCGAAAGGAAAAGCCAAGGCGAAGGAGACCAUUGCCAGCAAAGCAGAGGCGAAGGAGACGAUUGCCGACAAAGCAAAGGCCAAAGAUGCCAAGGAUGCUAAGGAAGCCAGAAAAGCGGCGAAGGGAAAAGCCAAGGCGAAGGAGACGAUUGCCAGCAAAGCAGAGGCGAAGGAGACGAUUGCCGACAAAGCAAAGGCCAAAGAUGCCAAGGAUGCUAAGGAAGCCAGAAAAGCGGCGAAAGGAAAAGCCAAGGCGAAGGAGAUCAUUGCCAGCAAAGCAGAGGCGAAGGAAACGAUUGCCGACAAAGCAAAGGCCAAAGAUGCCAAAGAUGCGAAGGAAGCCAGAGAAGCGGCGAAAGGAAAAGCCAAGGCGAAGGAGACCAUUGCCAGCAAAGCAGAGGAGAAGGAGACGAUUGCCGACAAAGCAAAGGCCGAAGAUGCCAAAGAUGCGAAGGAAGCCAGAGAAGCCGCGAAAGGAAAAGCGAAGGCGAAGGAGACCAUUGCCAGCAAAGCAGAGGCGAAGGAAACGAUUGCCGACAAAGCAAAGGCCAAAGAUGCCAAAGAUGCGAAGGAAGCCAGAGAAGCGGCGAAAGGAAAAGCCAAGGCGAAGGAGACCAUUGCCAGCAAAGCAGAGGCGAAGGAGACGAUUGCCGACAAAGCAAAGGACCAGGAGCGACCGACAAAGCGAGUCGCAACAGAGGACCUGGCAGAGGACCAGGAGCGACCGACAAAGCGAGUCGCAACAGAGGACCUGGCAGAGGACGAGGAGCGACCGACAAAGCGCGUCGCCAGAGAGGAGCGACCGACAAAGCGCGUCGCGAGCGAGGACUGGGCGGAGGAGCGACCGACAAAGCGCGUCGCGAGCGAGGACUGGGCGGAGGAGCGACCGACAAAGCGCGUCGCGAGCGAGGACUGGGCGGAGGAGCGACCGAGCAAGCGUGUUACGAGAGCGGACUGGGCGGAGGAGAGGCGAUACCUGGAGAUUUUAGUGGAUCUGCUGACCGAGAGCCAGGCAGAGGACUUGAUGAAGAAGCUCAAUGUCGGAGACUUGCUGAGCCACAUCGACCAGAUGUCGACCAAGGAGAGGCAGCAGUACCGGGAGAGUCUAGAGAGUGUGGCGCUGCCGCUCUUCGGCCUCCUGAGCCGGCCAGACGACUCCAGGUUUUUGGAGUUCUGGGAGGAGGCCAGGGAUUGGCAGUUUUAGAGACCU